AUGUCAGCGGAUCAGCUGCUCGAUAACAAAGAGGGGGGAUUCCGGGAGAAAGUUGCUGCGGCCACGGCGACACCCCAGAGCCACGGAGGCGAGGGGCACGGGGACCAAAGGAGGGGACUCGACCGCUGCGACAGCGCCUGGAGGCCGAGGCAUUGAAAGAGCCGCAGGGGGAGGCACUGCGAGCCAGCCCGGCUGCUCCUCCUCUUCCUCCUCCUCCUCCUCCAAACUCGCAGGGCUCGGCCCCAGCGCUCGCUCAGCCGCCGGAGCGCCGGGAGGGACGGGAGGCAGCGCGCGGCCCGCGCCGACCAGGGUCCCCAGCCGCCAUGGAUAGCGACGACGAGAUCGUGGAGGAGGCUGUGGAAGGGCACCUGGACGAGGAUGGAUUACCGCACGGGUUCUGCACGGUCACCUACUCCUCGACAGACAGAUUUGAGGGCAGCUUCAUUCAUGGAGAGAAGAACGGUCGCGGGAAGUUCUUCUUCUUCGAUGGCAGCACCCUAGAAGGCUACUACGUGGACGAUGCCCUGCAGGGCCAGGGCAUCUACACCUAUGAGGACGGUGGAGUCCUCGAGGGCAUCUAUGUGGAUGGGGAACUGAACGGGCCGGCGCAGGAGUACGACUCAGACGGGCGGCUGAUCUUCAAGGGACAGUACAAAGACAACAUUCGGCACGGAGUGUGCUGGAUCUACUAUCCAGACGGAGGCAGCCUUGUAGGAGAAGUCAAUGAAGACGGGGAGAUGACUGGCGAGAAGAUAGCCUACGUGUACCCUGACGGGAGAAUGGCGCUGUACGGAAAAUUCAUCGACGGAGAGAUGAUCGAGGCCAAACUGGCCACUCUGCUGUCUAUCGAGGAAGGCAGGCCUCAGUUUGAGCUCGUGCCAGGAAGCCCCGCAUACCACUUUGAUAAGUCCACUUCAUCUUGCAUCUCUACCAGUGCUCUUCUUCCAGACCCGUAUGAAUCUGAGAGGGUGUAUGUUGCGGAGUCCCUCAUUUCCAGUGCUGGAGAAGGACUGUUUUCCAAGGCGGCCACAGAGCCUAACGUCGUCAUGUCUUUUUACAAUGGAGUCCGAAUUACUCACCAGGAGGUCGACAACAGGGACUGGGCCCUGAAUGGGAACACCCUGUCCCUGGAUGAGGACACGGUCAUUGAUGUGCCUGAGCCCUACAACCACGUGUCCAAGUACUGUGCCUCCUUGGGACACAAGGCGAACCACUCCUUCACUCCAAACUGCAUCUACGACAUGUUUGUCCACCCCCGCUUCGGGCCUAUCAAAUGCAUCCGCACCCUGCGAGCUGUGGACGCCGACGAGGAGCUCACCGUGGCCUACGGCUAUGACCACAGUCCCCGGGGCAAGAGCGGGCCCGAAGCCCCCGAGUGGUACCAGCUGGAGCUGAAGGCCUUCCAGGCCAGCCAGCAGAAGUGAAGGGCUGGCUCGGCGGCUCCAGAGAGCUGGAGUAGAACCUUGGAUCUAUGCACUCCAUUCGCCCGACGCCGACCACAACAUCAACGGGACAACCAGGGACUGCUCGUGCUGUGCGUCACAUCCUCCCCUGCGCUAGCCGCGACCUCCUCGCAUACUAACAGGUCUGACUGCGUUACUCUUAGCAGAUGUAAAGUUCGCUGACCUCGCAACACGGCCCCCAGCCCGAGGCGGCGUGGAGCCCUCGACACCCACAGCCUGAGGUUCUCCAGUGGUUUGCAGCUAAAUCUCUACAGAAUUCAGAGAUCACACGACAGACUGAGAAAGGGAAAGGGGCUUUUGGCCAUGUUUCUCAGUGGUUUUUUUUCCAUGAUGUUUUUCCUAGGGCCGACGCAAAUUGGGCUAUCACACUUGCAUAGGGGCCGUCUCCGAGUAGAGAACUACUACAUCUUUAUUCUCUAAGUAUAGUAUCAUCUGCCUUUUAACCUUUGAUCUGUAUCUUGCAAUAGAAUGGCUUUGUUUUUCCCCAGUGAACAAAAGCCCACUUCUAGUCCUUUUCGUGGGUCCUGUUCCCUACCUUAUUAGAUACCCUGUGCAGAGAAGCCUCCCCAUGGAUGCCCCAUCCAGGCAGUGUGAGGCCUCUCUGGUUCUUCCUACAUCAUUAGUUCAUUAUUAUGUCCUAAUAUAAAGUACCGGCUCCUCAGGCUGGCAUAUUAUUAUAGAACUAUUAUUCUCGCAUGUAAACAAAGGUAUCUUUGCUUUCCUAUGUGAGAAGAAAUGAAUUUCCUUUGUCUGCAUUAAGUUAUGGAAGAGUUGUAAUAUAUACCUUAAGAAAGAAGAGAGGAAAAUUAGUAUUUCUCAGCAGUAACUGUGGCAAUUUUGCAAUAUCUUCAAUAGUGCUAGUAAGUUUUUCUCCUUGAGGACACUUUAAAUAUACCUAACCUAGUGCAGUCCGGCUUGUGGCACAAGUGCAUUGAAUUCAACAGUCGAAUAACUAACUUGAAUUCUAAUGCAGGAUGCAAAAAUUUCUUUUAAAUCAAUACUAUAAAGGCAAACAUACUGACCACUAGGUACAAAUCUGAAACUUCAUUGUUGAAAUUUCAAAGUCCUUACCUGCGUCAGAGCAUUGUAAGCUAAAUGUUCACACCUGCGUAGUUUAAAAGCAACAGCAUAAAUAGCAUUUCAGCCAUUUUGCAAGCCAUGUAUAAACACAACUGCAAAAUAAGGAGAAAACCCCUGUUUUUAGUUUAGCAUACUAGAUCUGUGACAUAACUGGGAUUGCUCUGAACGCGUCCUAAGAGUUCUGGUUUUUUCUGAGCACCCUCACCCCGUGCCAUGAUUUACAUCUUUUCACUACUUGGGUGUGAGGCUCAGGAACUCUGGGAGCCACAUUUGCUCUGAGGUGCAGCUGUCAGCUGUCACCUGUGCCAGUUUGAUCUGCAAAGGUAAAGCCUUGUCCGAGGUAGUAGACUGAGCCCUGGGGAGAGAGGCCGAAGGAGACAGGAAGCGGGAAAGGUGCUGUUUCUUGGUUGUACGUUGCUCUUAAAAGGCUUUCUAAGGAAAGUGCUUGAUUGGGGAUCGGGCCUGCUUCCCAGCUUCCGGGGGGGACUCAGCCCUGCAGGUCAGACUUGCCGCCCUUGCCUUUUCCCAAGGCCAGGAUUCCUAGAGCACUGCCUGCAACCUCAUGCUCUGAAGCUGGGUGGCCGUCAGAUCCCUGCUUGAAAGCUUAAGGGGCUUAUUCGCCCAGAAAAGGAAGUUGUCAGGGCUUCCAGAAAGAUCUCCCACAAAAGGAACUUAACAAAAUAUUUUGAUUAAAAAGCACCAGGAUAGGAUCGCUUCUAUUCUGUUGAAAGAGAUUGCCCUGCACACUGUGACAGAUAGGAUCUCCAGACACAUGUUCUGAUAGGUGCUCAAAGUGUAUCCUAAGGAAGUGACUGUCAUCCCCAUCACCUGGGCAGUGGAACCGUGGCCAAAAUGUGGCAGAUUCCCAGUGGUGGGGCAUAAACAAAUGACUCUAGGCCAUCCCCAGAGGAGCUAGAGCCUGGCAUGUGGGAGAUACCGUGGUCCCAGGGGACUCAUUCAGAGCUGUCCCAGUGCAAACCCUGCAUGACUAGAUCUCUCCUUAGCAUCUUUUCUAUGAUGAAAUAUUAUCUUGUGUUAGAGUUAGGAAUAGGAACUAAUUGGCAAGAGCACGUCCCCAGAUGGCUUUUGUGUGGACUAACAAAAAAGGUCAGGACUGAAUUUCCGACACAAAGGAAUGAUGGAUGAAUUAAAAGACAGCAGGCGAGGCGGACUUGGGUCUGUAGUACCUAUUCUUAUUUUAACCUGCUUCAUCCCUGGUCUCCCUGAGCAACCAAAAAGGAAAUUCAUUUUUCAAGACCUUUUGGAACCCAUCCAGGGUGACAGUGAAACUCUUUGCCCUCUGAGGUUCAUCACACUUGAGAAUGUGUUUCCUUCUCACCAAGAAACCAGACAAAACCAACAGGGCCCAGUGUAACCAUCUGCAACACUGAAGUGUGACAGUUAUUAAGUUGCGAAGGGCUGCAAAGGCCUGGGGUGGGGGUGUAGCUCGGUGGGAACUCACUCCCCUCUCAGGCAAGAGGCCCUAGGUUUGAACUCCAGCACCACAAACACAAAAAUAAAAUUGCAUUCAUUGCGAACAGUGAACGAAAGAUUGUGUUAGUGAGACAGUAUGUGGCACUUUUAGUUAACUUUCAUUUUUUAAAAAAAUGAGACUUUAAAUCACUCGGCAAAAUGCAUUUAAAAUCUCCCAAGAAGGUAGAUACGAUUCUCUUGUUUUGUUUUCAGUUGCCUCAAGUUUCUGUCCUAAAAGUAGCAAUUUAGAAUCCACACAUCUUUUGUUUUAGAAAAACAAGCAAAACUAUGUUGCAAGAAUGGAUAUUAUGUCUAUUUGCCACAGAUCAAAGGUUCACAAAAUAUAUUAAAUUUACAUCUACUUGAGGUACACCUUGAGAAAUUUUUUUUUCUUAAGAUUUUUUUCCCUUCAGAAAUUUGGAUCCUCGAUGGCAGGGUUUUGUUUUGUUUCAUUUUAAUUUUAAAAAUACUAAAUUUUCAAGGUUUUCUUUGGCUAAACGUGUGCAUACAUAUUCAAAGCAAUGAAGCAAUUUCAAGCCAUACAUCCACAGGGGUGGAAACCCUUUUCACAAAUUUUAAUGUGUCUGUAUGUAAAUAGACGUUUGUAUGAAAUAUUUUCAUGGUAGAAUGAAUAUAUUUAAAUGAAGUCAAGUUAUUCCAGUGCUAUUUAAACACAUCACAGAAAUUUUUGGUGAGAAUUCUCUGAGUCUAUUGAGAUACAAUGCAGAUCAAUUUUGAUUUUUAAAAAUCAAAGCCUACAAAUCCCUCUGACUGGUGGUGACCGGGUGGAGAGAGCCCGUAGGCUUCCCAGUGCCUCCGCCGCUUCCUGGUGGUAAGUUCGGUGCUAACGGAGGUGCGCUCACCUUUUGCGAUCUCCCCGAGGGUCCCGGGGCCUGGGAGUGGAUCCGAGGCGAUCGAGACUCGGUGCAGUUAUCUGGAGCACAAUUUCUUUGCAGGGCAGCAGAAUCCGAAGCCAGACUCGGCCAGGACCCUUGGAGCUGGGUCUCUGGCCACCAUCACCUGCCGCCCUACUGCCCGGCCACCCGGCAGGGAGGCCGCCCUCAGUGGAGUUGGGGUCCAGACCCGGGAGGGGGGACUUCAGGGUUUUGCCAGCCACCUCUGCCCGCAGCCCUCCACCUCCAGAGGGGGGACAGAGGAGCAGCUGCUGGCCAGGGCGGUCCCCCAGCACACUUCCUGUCUCCGCUCUGCAUGACCAUGCACCCCGGCACCAAACUUCCAACCAGAGAGAGAGACGAGUCCUCGGAUCACAGAGCCCUGCGCCUCUGCCUGUGACUUGACACACAGUCUGAAGUCAUUGGAGUAUCCACACCAUCCGCGUCCCUGCGACAUACCUCCCGGCUCUCCUGACUUGUGUUCCUGGAAAAACAAAAAACAAAAAAAGAAUUCCUUUCCAAUGAUAUUUGACUGGAGUGAGUUGUUUUUGUUUGGUUUUGUUUUUUUUUUUUUUCACUUUGGGUCCUGGAUUUAAUGAAAGGAUGAUAGGAUGCCAGCUUUUCACUGUGUAUACUAGCAAUAUGAACACACACACCAACGUAUCCUAACCCAUCUUCUCGUUACAUUUUGGGUUGCACUAGAAUUACUCUUGAUUAGCGGAUGGAGGAACCACAGGGACUGUGGAAUGACUGCUUAUCAUGUAAGAAUGAUUCUGCGCUCCCUACUGCAAAAGUUUUUCCUCCUGGGUUUUCUGUGUUCUCUUUUUAUCCUGAAAUGCAUCUGUUAGGUUGAGAGGUUCUGUUUCAGGAGUGGAAGUCAGGGGUCCGCUUUCAGCAUUCAUGGCAACCAAGGCUGAACCCCCUCACGGUCAACAAGCAUCUUUGGUCUUUUGUGGAAUAUGAACUAAAUCUACGAGCCUUAUUCCGUAUCUACAAUUCUAUGGGUUUUUAAUGAUGGGACAUUAGCGGAAGAUGUUUACAUGAGUCACGUUUGCCCUUCCUGUGUUACGAAUGAAUUUUUUGUAGUGUGUCUGGGUGCAUGUGCAGGAGAGUAGGAAAACUGUUUCUGAAACAAAACUUGACAAAUAUUUGUAAUGAAAAGUAAAUUUAAAGAUUGCUAUAAUUGCGCUAUAGAAACAAUGCAAGUAUUAAACAAAAUACACAAUCCUC